AUGUCUAAGUUUUCUCUUCAAGGUCGAACUGCACUAGUGACGGGAGGCGCUCGCGGAUGCGGUUUAGCAUUUGCUCUUGGUCUGGCGGAAGCAGGGGCAAACAUAGCUAUCUUCGACGUAGUUGAUCCGGAGCCAGACUUUUUUACGAUCGAGAAGAAUCUGGGGGUUCGAACGGCUUACUAUAAAGUGGAUGUCUCCUCGGAAGACUCUCUACAAAACGGCUUCUCUCAGUUCCAAAAGGAUUUCGACAAUGCCCUUGACAUCUGUGUCCCGUGUGCUGGGAUAAACCGGCAUCUGCCUUUUCUCGAGUUCACCUACAAAGACCACAGUGAUCUGCUUGCGAUCAAUGUACUCGGUCUUUAUUUCACUGCCCAAUUAGCAGCAAAGCAGAUGAUCGCAAAUGGUACGAAGCACGGAAGUAUUGUUUUGGUUGCUAGUAUGGCCAGCCAUAUCGCAGUACGAAGCCAGCUAUGCAGCGCAUACUGUGGCACCAAAGGCGCGGUUCGAUCGAUGUGUCCUGCAAUCGCAAAGGAGAUGGCAGAAUAUGGAAUUCGAGUCAAUUCGAUCUCACCUGGAUAUGUGCGAACGGAGAUGACCGCAGCAUUCCCCCAUCUUCUCGAAAGCUGGAAGUCGGAAGCCAUGAAUGGCCGAAUUGCCGAGCCAGAGGAUAUAAUGGGGGCUUGCGUCUUUCUAGCUAGUGAUGCCAGUUCGUACAUGACGGGGCAGGAUGUGAUCGUGGAUGGGGGAGUGACCAGAUGGUAUGCAAACAACGAAGGAUACAGUAUGGGUGGCGAUGACGCUACCACAACAGUUGUCGUGGUGGGGGCAGGUCCGUCAGGAUUAAUGCUUGCGUGUAAUCUGGCUCGCUACGGAAUUGAUGUUGUGAUCCUCGAUGAUCGCCCCGACAAGACGUCAACCGGCAAAGCAGAUGGCAUGCAACCAAAAACUAUUGAGACGUUCAAGCAGAUGAGAUUAGCGGAGCCUCUUCUCAAAAAUGCAGCUCGGGUGCAUGAUAUUUCCUUCUGGCAAUCGACAGCAGAGAAGGAACUUCAUCGAACCGGUCGUCAAACCCACUACCCUGAGCACCUCGUUGGCGCAUCUGAUCCCUAUAUCCUCCUCGCACACCAAGGAAUGGUGGAAGAAGUGUUGAUUGAUGAUAUGGAAUCGAGAGGUCUCUUUGUGACUAGGAAUAGUCGGUUUAAAACCUGCUCUCGCGUAUCAGGAACGAUGCAAUUGGACGUUUCAUAUGAAGAUGUGUCGACAAACACAAUCAAAACAAUCCGAACCGAUUACUUAGUUGGGUGCGAUGGCGCGAGAUCGAAAGUUCGAGACUUCAUCCCGGAUGCAGAGCUAGAGGGGGAAAUCACAAAUGCGUCUUGGGGUGUUUUGGAUGGCGUCAUUGAUACCGACUUCCCCGAUCUAUGGAGCAAGGUGGCUGUGCGUUCGCAUAACGCCGGGUCAAUUCUUUGGAUUCCACGCGAGCGCAACAUGACUCGAUUGUAUGUUGAACUGAGUGCGACGGAUGGGGAACGUGUUGAUCGGGCCAAGGCAACACCUGAAUACGUUAUAAACAAAGCUCGGGAAGCCAUGCAUCCAUUCCGUCUCGAAUGGAAGACAAGAGAAUGGUUUGGAAAUUACGUGGUCGGCCAGCGCGUGGCAAGGCAUUUCAUGGAUUCAGAUGCCAGAAUCUUCAUUGCUGGCGAUGCUGGGCAUUGUCACUCCGCUCUCGCCGCACAAGGAGCUAAUACCAGUAUGCAUGACAGUUUCAACCUCGCGUGGAAGCUCAAUCUUGUUAUUCGUGGACUCUCAAAGCCGUCCCUAUUAUCUACAUACGAGGAAGAACGCCGGAAGAUUGCAAAUGAUCUCAUCAAUUUUGAUGUUGAGCAUUGCAAAGCAUUCUCACAGGGCGAAGCAGCACUUGCUAAGAACUUCAAUGAAAACAUCCGGUUUAUUUCUGGCAUUGGUGCUGAAUACCAGGGUGGCAUACUGAGCCAUCGGAAGAACAUCACCUCUGCUAAACUCCAAGCCGGAAGCCUCCAGAUACCAGCAAAAGUGACAAGAUACAUCGAUGCCAACCCUGUGGAUAUCCAGCUGGACAUUCCGCUGUUGAGCCAGUUUCGCAUCUACCUUUUUGUUCCAGAUAUUCCCAGCUCUUUAGAAUUCUUGCACGUCCUGAGCAACGAGUUACUCGAUUCGUCUCUGGGGAAUAUUUCAGACAGGGCAAAUCAGUCGUACGAGAAGCGGGCCCGGGGAUAUGCGCCAUCAGACGAGUUUGUCCAGCCCCAGCGAUAUACAGCCGUCUCAACUGCAUUUACAUAUGCGAUGGUCACGCAAUCUGCUAAAUCUGAAUUUGAAAUUGCGGAUUUGCCGCAAAUACUACAAGAUAGUAGAUGGACACUAUAUCUUGACGAUGCAGGUCCUACAAGCUGUACUGAAAAAUGGUUUGGGGAUUUGCGCCGGGAGACAGUUGGGGUUACAAUUGUGCGACCAGACGGAUAUAUCGGCGGAAUUGAGACAUGGGACUUGACUGCAGGCCUAGAGGCUGGUAAAUGGCUGGAGGAAUACUUUAAAUUCAUGUCUUAG